CGCACAUAAAAUCGUUUAUCGUUUAUCGUCGAAUGACUUCGAGUCAAGACGGUCCGUACCGGUAGGGAAGAAGAUAAUUAUAAGCUUAAGCUUAUCUACGUAUGUUACUCCCACAAUAUUUGUUAUUUUAGAGCGCAAGAUCUCGCAAGGCUGGCCACCGAGUGACCAUUCUCCUACCCCCUUCUCAACAUCAUGGUUAAACUACUGAGUAUAGCAUUAGGCUUCUUGAGUCAGCCUUUCACCCAUCUUUCCCAGCUAUUGUUCUUAGUUGAUCCUGUCCGGGUAAACAAUGGCCAGGGCCGCCAGGUUAUCACCUCAGAGCUCUCCAACUCUAUCCAGGAGACCCUCGAUACUUGGAACAUCACUGGACUGUCUGUCGCAGUUGUCCCGAGGUACGGCGAACCGGAAUUUCAUUCAUGGGGAAACAUGACGGAGGAUGGGGACAAGACAACAGAAGACACAUUAUUCCACAUGGCGUCUGUGUCCAAGGCUUUCUGCGCGAGCGCUAUUGGAAUUUUGAUGGAUGACUAUGAGCAUGGAAGAAAUGUUACACCGCUUCCUCCCGCUCUGUCGGAAUUUAAUUGGCACACCUUAGUACAAGAUAUCCUUCCGGGAGAGUGGCAAUUGAUGGAUGACUGGGCGUCCAAGAAAGCAAAUAUGAAGGACAUCCUCUCUCACGUGUCUGGCCUUCCUCGCCAUGACUACUCGUAUGGACCAGGCGACAGCCCGAAAGGUGAUGUAUUGCGGAUGCGCUAUCUAAGGCCAGCUUUUGAACUUCGGGAACAGUGGUCGUACAACAACAAGAUGUUCACGGCAGCCGCACAUAUCAUUGAAACUUACUCCGCACAAACAUACACAUCUUUUGUGGAGGAUCGAAUCUUCACGCCACUAGGAAUGUCUUCUUCUACGUUCUCGCCCACAAAGGCUGGGAAGACUGGCAGAUUCACCCAAGGAUGGACCAGCAGUGGUAGACUCUUGCCUGAGUGUUUUACAGAAGAGAUGGCAACGCUGCUGGCUGGUGCAGGCGGUGUGAUUUCGAGUGCUGUAGACAUGGGCGUGCACAAUAACGUCACAGUUAUACCGCUUUCUGUACAUGGAAACGCAUCACAAUCAUACUCCGUAUCCAUCAGCGCCUCAGCUGAUCCUGAGCUCUCGAUUCAGGGGUAUGGGAUGGGAUGGUUCAGAAACUCGUACCUGGGCCAUGAUAUCGUAUAUCACACAGGGUCGGUUCCAGGAUUCUCUACGCUAGCCUCAUUCCUUCCAAAUGACGAUGUUGGAGUCGUCGUCUUUGCCAACGGCGGCGAUAAAGCAACACCUGUGAUGAAUAUCUUCAAGCGUAUAGUCGACGCAGCUCUGAACUUGCGGUCAAAACCCUUACCACCGAUUGAACCCGACACGUCUGAGAAGAAACCAGUCACACCUCCAAACGAAAACGUCGUUGGUUUGGAACUUACACUCGAAGAGUUCUCGGGCACAUACGCCAACGCUGGAUACGGCGCUAUCACCUUUUGCAGUCCUUCCGGCAGCACCUCGUAUUGUCAAGAUGUGAUCUCCGACUUCGCUGCGGUGGAUGGAGGAAAGUCAAGUGCUCCCCAGACCGUUCAGCUGUUCGCAGCAUGGCCUCGCAUAUGGUCAUCUCAUAUUCGAGUCGUGCAUCGGUCUGGAAGUACGUUUGUGGUUCAGUACACUUCGCUGUUCCCGGAAGGAUAUGGGCGUGACAGGACACCCUUUGAGACAGCGGAGAUAGGGACGUCCGAGGCUACGGCAGAUUUCGUUGUCGAAAAUGGCAAGGUUGUCGGGUUUGGGUUAGUCGGGCUGGUGGGUCAACUCAUGGAGAGGGAGCGAACGCAAGCGACUGUGAAAAACAGAGCUGAAGUUUGGUUCGAUAAAGUGCAGUGAUACAAAUGAUCAGAUCGAUCAAGUUGGAACAUGAGUAGCACCCUGGGGUUGUAUGAAACACUACUACAAAUCAUCUUCUGUGGAUCAUGGGUCUCUCCU